GAACUGUCAAAAAUUUACAGCAGUCGAAAUCGAUUUGUUUGCGAUUCGUGAAUUUUAACCGCCAAAAACGCCCAGAUCUAGAAAUAUAAUUCUAGAACAACGAAUUCCAAUCGAAGAAUAUGGCACGUAAAAUCGAUGAGCUUAAAAAAGACGUCGCCGAAAUCGAGAACUUCGAGAAACACGCGACCAGACAAAAGGUGAAAGACAUCUUGAGCAUCGAAAAGCGGAAGCUCCUGUCCGAGUUAAUUAAACUCGAACAGCAAUACGUUCAAACGGAUAAGACCGAGCCUAAACCCACCGUUAAACCAGCGAGUGCAUCCUACGAAGUCAAACUCAACAAUUAUGCUUGGGAUCAGAGCCAAAAAUUCGUGAAAUUUUACAUCACUUUGCCCAAAGUGAAUACGGUACCUGCUGACAACAUUCAGUGUGUGUUCAAUGAGAAGUCUUUGGACCUCAAGGUCAAGAAUCUGGAGAACAAGGAUUACGUGUUCAACGUGACACGUCUGUUGCAUGAGAUCGAGCCUAAAAACAGCACGUGCAAGGUGAAAAACGACCUAAUACUGAUCAACUGCGCCAAGAAAGAGGAUAUUCAAUGGUCCCACGUGACCGAGUGGGAGAAGAAAUCAAGCGAGUCGAAAAAAUUGGAUGCUGAUGAUAAGAGCGACCCGUCUGCCAGCUUGAUGAGCCUAAUGAAAAAUAUGUAUGACUCAGGCGACGACGAAAUGAAACGGACCAUAGCAAAGGCCUGGACUGAGAGCCAACAGAAAGGUCCCACGUUUUAAAUGUUUUCCUUCAUAUCAUAAAUGUCUAGUUUUUCAAGUUGUUUUUUCAUUAUAUUUUUUGAUGCGUUUUUAUUAAAUAUAGGAAAUCAAAGAGUUUAAUGCAUGACUAAUUUUAAGGCAAAUGAAACACCAAUAAACAAUUCGAUGU